AUGAAGAGACGUCCAACGAUGGUUAGAUAUGAUGGGCUGGUUGUAGAAAAGAAAAGUGGUAGAAGAAAGCCAGUGAGUUGUCCUCGGAUUUUGCCAUUGGCCGUUGAGGAGUAUACGGGAGAGAUUGUGAUGUCGGCGGUUAACAAUGUCAGUGGAGAUUUGGGGUUCACCGAGGAGCUAGUUUCGACCACUCCUGAAGCGUCAUCGUCUUUUUUGGGUCGAUUCCGUAUUCUAUUGCCCAAUCUUUUUUGCCACAGUCGUUUGGAAACGAUUCAAUCUUUUGAUUUCCUGAGUUAUGUGAAUGAAGCCAGUGAGUUGUCCUCGGAUUUUGCCAUGGCCGUUGCGGAGUCUACGGGAGAGAUUGUGAUGUCGGCGAUUAACAAUGCCGGUGGAGAUUUGGGGGUUUUUCUGUCGCAGAAUUUUCAUCCAAUUCUUCUUUCUAAUGCAAACAGAUUAGUGUCCACUCUUCUAGAUCGAUUUGAAAUUUCGGUUCCUAGUUCACCGAGGGAGCUAGUAUUGAUAACACCUGAAGCGUCAUCGCCUCAGUGUUCGCCACUCAGCGCUAACCAUUGUCAAUCAAAUGAGAGAAACAGUCCAGGAAACGAGGUCAGCAAUGCCUCUGGUUCUUCUAGCGGUGACCCUUCAAGGGUUACAGAUGAGGCGACCAGUGCAUUGUGGUCGAAAGGAUUGGUGAUGAAAGGGGGCAGCCUUGCGUGGAAGAGCAAUGUGUAUAUAUUUGGGGCUGAUGUUGGGUUCAAUGAUGAAGGACGAGGCGGUUCCGCAACGUACAAGCGAGUGGUAGCCUCUUUUGAGGAAGAGCCUGUGGAGAGACUUCAACAACAGGAGAUUGCUUUCAAGCUGAUUGGGCACAUAUUGGAUAAAGUCCAGAUUGAUCUUAAGCUUUUGUAA